AAACUUAUAGUUAUUUUUCUCUUUUUAGUAUCCAGGCUCGGUAACACGCGAUGAAAUCAAACGCGAUUGUCCAACCUUUGGGGACAAGGUCUGCCCAUUUGCCAAGCUAGCGGUGAAAGGUGCGGCUGGAAAGUGUCCUGCCUUUGCGAAAGAAUGUCCGUUUGCAGGUUGCAUGACCGUUGGAGAGUUUGAAGACAAGUUAGGCGAGAUGCGUGAGAGGCACAAAAACUCGCCGAGCGCUAAUUCCACUUCUCUCCAGUAUCUCCGUGAGAUUCACCGCACUGCCAAAGAUAAGGAGGUCGAUAUUGGAUCUGCUUGCCCUUUCUUUCAGACUAAGGGUGGCUGCCCCUUCGCCAAAGACACCAGUGGAAAGGCUAUAUUAUCUCCUGACUACAUUGUGGCCCCUUAUAGCGUCACCUUGAACGACACGAUGUUCAAGUGUCCAGCAUUUGGCAAAGGUGUGUGUCCAUACGCUAUCCUUGUCACCAAGUGCAAAGGCUUGGCUGGUAACUGCCCUGCUUUCAAAGAGGGCUGCCCAUUCAAGAACUGCAAGAGCGUGGGCGAGUUCGUGGAGAAGCUGACUCAAAUGCGAGAUCAGAUGAAGGACAGCACCAAGGGAAAAGAAGCUGCGGCGACGUUUUUCAAGGAGCUUCUUGCAGUCACCACGACUGCGCAGGGGAAGCUGGGUAAUUGUCCUUUCAACGCCUAUGCCUGCCCUUUCAGCCAUGAUGCUCAAGGCAAGCCUAUCAGUUACUCCAUGUAAGAUGCGUGGCAAGACCACGAGCAGUGGAUAAACAUGGAUUUGACAAAAGCAAGCUUGGAACCCGGACUGACGAUAUCUUAGUAGUAUUGAUGUAAGCGUCGUUUCGCACUUUUCACAUCUUAUCACGAAAUUCUUAGUCUUUUUCUUUGAAGCGUUGGAAUAGAUCCUUCUACGAUUUUUGGGUGCCAUCAUUGAUUGAGAGGAAAUCAAAACAACAGUAAAUUUACAGGUUUUUGCCAGACUUUUAGUUACUGUAUCGUAAGAAACAUACCCCUUGAAUGAUAUAUUUGGAGAAAUCUUUAAGAAAAAUGUAAACGUUCUUACAUACCCUUCUUAUUAAAAUUUGCAAUUAGAUUAGACCCACGCCAGAGAUCUCCAAAGCAGUCAACACUCACACAGGUGUUAUAUUUUGUAAUAUCUGAUCAUUUCCUGAUACACAUGAGUGAUACACCUUUGCAAAACAGCUUGUGAAAAUCCUACACCUCCAAGCCGAGUUAAAACUGUAAUGUUUGCUGCAUUCCUCCUGCUGUCACAGAUGCUCUUAAAAAUCAUAGAAGGGUCUAUUUUUGCUUUAUUUUGGUAGUAUUUUUGGCUGUACUAUAAAGCCUGUAGUUCAUAUUAAAGCUCAGAAAAAGAAGAAAGCUUGA